CUUUUAGUUAGAUAUAAUGGACAGAAAUGGAUUGAUUUUACCCUCAUUGAGGAGAUUUUGUUAAAUAUGAAGCCUGCCUUGAGUCUGUUCUUCGUUGUCCUUUUCCAAUUUCUUGAUCAGGCACAGGGAGGAUGCGGUCCUUCCCAGUCCGACAUUAUCUUUGUGACGGAUGAGUCCGGUUCCGUCGGAUCCUAUAACUUCCAGCUGACCCUCGAGGCACUGAGAGACUCGGUGGCCCUCCUGGACAUAGACUCGGGCAACGUCCGCGUCGGGGUGAUGUGUUUCCAGUCUUCACAAAGAACCAUAUUUCAUCUGAAUGCCUACAGCUCGGUCUCCAGUAUGCAGACCGCCAUUAUGAAUAUUGACUACAGGGCCGGUGGAACGAGGAUAGGUAGUGCUAUGAGGUUUACAAGGGAAAACAUGUUUCUUUCAAACAAAGGUGACCGCGCAGGCGCAACAAACAUAAUGGUUGUCCUCACAGACGGUGUCUCCAAUGACAACGAACGUGCCGAGGCCGCUCUCGUCAAGGCCGCCGGCAUUGUAAUCAUAUCAGUCGGGAUCGGAAACAAUCUGGAUGUUCCUAUGUUGAUAGACAUUGCACACGAUCCGUCACAUUACUUACAAACAGAAUACUCCCAGUUAGCUGUGACCCUCUCCGCAUUCGUCCAGUCUAAAGUGCCGUGUCCAUGGUAUUGCGAUACCGGUGGCGGUUUUGAAAGAGGGGGUGAUCUCUCUAAGACCUCAUCUAUUAAUAGCAAUUCAGGUGUGACGUACAUACUGGAGGACACCUCGUCCUCUAUAACGUGCUGUGGGGCCGUGGAGUCUUGGUCGCUGUAUCCUAAAAGGUCCGGGUCGAUUUACCUCCAGAUUUGGCGCCCUCUGUCGGGAUCCAGCUACAAACUGGUUGGCUACAAUUACCUCUGCAUACACUCUGGAAACAUCAACAGGAUCGUCAAGUACAUCGUUCCUGAUAACGAGAGAAUAACUGUAAAUGAUGGAGAUAAAAUUGGAUGGUAUAGUCCUGGACAAGAAAUGAUACCGUACACUUCCACCGGAAGUAAUAACCAGAGGCGAUUCUCGUGGGGAACUACAACAGUUGGGACAACAAAAAGUGUUUCCUCUUACUCCAGCAUCAACGCUCAGUUUGCCCUCAAACUCAACUUAGAGAAUGAUACGAGCGACUUGUGGUUUGUAAACUCGGGCAGGACAAUACACCUGUAUGACAAUGCAGCGCCUGGAACACAGGUAUACACCGUGGUAAAUGGACAGCGUACACAGGAUAUACUCACAAGAACCAUGAGUGAUCCAAGCGGAAAAUUUACCUGGAACUCCAACUCAGGUGUUGUGAGUACAACUUCCUCGCUCGUCAAUGGACAGACCUACACAAUGACGUUUACAGCAAAGAAGACAUGUUUAAACACGACCAUAUCUGGGGGUUCAUUGUCAGUCAAGGUUUCAAACACUCCGCCGCGGAUCACAUCACUCCCCGCCGUUAUGACGUUGUCGGAGAACCAAGAAAGCAGUAAAACCCUCCACGUGUUGACUGUAGCAGACGACACCGAUACCACAGUGACGUGUUCCAUCGUCUCUGUCGAUCCAUCGUCUGCAACGUCACUGUUUUCCCUCAACAGAGCUUCCUCAAUGAGUUACAAUCUGCUUCUAAAUAGUAACCCUGGCUUUGAUUAUGACACCAAUAAGAAGUACGAAAUAAAGCUCUCCUGUACAGAUGGGAAACACAGUCCAGUUUACGGAUAUUUCAAACUAUUCUUGCAACGUAACGUCCGCCCGGAGUUAAGUAAUAUUCCAGUCAAUGGAUACUCAUACAGUGCCAGUUCCAGAAGUAACAUGACGGACUUUAUAACCCUUACCGCCACUGACCCCGAUAACUCGGACUUCACGUACGCCUUUGAAUACUGUGGACCUUAUUCAUGUCCGGUCUGGAUGCUUGAUGAUAGCAGUGGUUUAGUUGAAUACAAUCAAAGUAUGGGAGGAUGGUGGAAAGGUGGUUUUAAUGUCGGAUUUUCUGUGACAGACGGCAAAACAAAAUCCAAAACCAAAUAUAUUCCAGUUCACCUUACCGGUUACAGAUACGGUCCCUCGUACAUAAGCCUUCCGACCCAACACAAUAUAUACAUCAACGAGAAGAUUCCAACAAACCAGUAUCUGUUUACUGUGACCUUCUAUGACCUUGACGUUGAUGCAUUGACUGUAACUUUUACAAUUACUAAUGGCGACUGGACUUACUUUACCAUCAAAGAUACCACUGAUGUUUACACAAGUAAUACCCAAAUAGACUAUGAAAGCUUAUCGAGAACAAGCUAUUAUAUUCAGGCCAGGGUGAGUGACGGAAGUUCGACUGCAAGAAGAGGAUUCUGGGUAUACAUCCGGGACAUCAAUGAAGCUCCAACCUUCCAGACCACUGUCUACACGGUCACCGCUAACGAAGGACUGGCGGGUACACAAUUAACGCCAUAUCCUCCGGCUUACGUGUUUACAGACGUGGACGCCACCGACAGCCAUUUCUUCGCCCUCGAUUGUGGCGCUAAUACCCGAUACCUAAGCUUUGACACCAGUAACGGAGCUCUUUCCUUUGGUCGUGCCAUAGAUGUUGAUAAUGGGGCUCCUAGAAUGAUGUCGUGUAAAGUCAAAGUGUACGACAAGGGUUACCUCAGUGAUACGGCAGAUUUGUACGUCACCAUUUAUGACACUAACGAUAAUGCGCCUCGUUUUGAUCAGCAAUACUACACAUAUUCCAUAUCUCCUGGAAUAACCCCGGGGACAGUGGUUGGAUUGAUCACCCUGACGGAUGCAGAUCUUACCGCCCCCCACAACUCAAUAGGGCGUGUCUGGUUUGAAAACCAACCUACGGAUUCAAAUGGACAAAAUUACUUCUCCUACGAUAAUGUCACCAAAGAAUUCACUGUGGCACAGAAUUUGAGCCAGUAUUUCUUUGGAAGUUAUCUCGAGUUCCAACUGAAAGCUCUAGAUCUUGGAUCGCCCCCAUUAGAGGCAACAGCUAAUAUAGUGAUAUUGUUUGAACCGACGACAACGACUAUCGCCGUGACGACAACGGAAAAACCGGGGAGUUUCGGAAAUGAUGCGAAGAAUACGUUGUGGAUGACCGCCGUGGGAAUGGGGGGCGUGGCUAUGUUAGCAACCGGAGGAUAUGUAGCAUUUAAAGCAUUCAGCGGUGCGUCUGGCUUUUCUCCGAUUGGAAAUGGACCCAUCAACGUAUCCUCCGCACCUCAAACUUCUGACCCAGCGGUACCAGAGGACCAGAACAGGCAAAAGAAACCCAAGAAAGCAAAAAGUAAAGGGCGCGACAAAGUCUUCAAGGACAGCAACAUGGUGUGAAAUUUUAAAAAUCAUUUUUUUUCUUUAUAUACAAUCUUUUAACUUUUGCAUAAAACAUAAAAUAAUAUAGUUGAUUUGCCUCUUCAUUGUUAGAAUUGUUAAUCUAGAAAAAAAACAAUUCAUUUUUCAUAUUUGUAAGUUUGUAUUUAUCUUAGAUAAUAUUAGUAGACAUGUGAUCAUUGUGAUGCGAGUUAUUAAUAGGUAUUUAUGCAUUCUUUUUUAGCUGCUAUUAAAUCUCAUAAUACUUCAGAUCAUAUUAUAGAUGCAUUACAAACUGAAUGAGAAGUGCCAACCAUAUUUUUUCUUUAUGUU